AUGUUGACAGAAUUUGAGAAACGUAUUGCUGAGAAUUACGACCGUGCACUACGGCUUGGUGCGCUUUUCUUCAUAGAAAACACUCUGUUAAUUUUGCCAACCGAUAGUGUGAAUUAUGAAGUUCGUUACGCACCUAGCUUGUUUAAGAAACCAAAAGCUGCUUUGCUACCAGAAGAGGAUGAACCAAGGAUAGAUCCAUUCGCGCCUUGGGAACCUGAUUUGUUUGUACAAGAGUAUGGAGAUUAUGUAGUGCUGCUGAACAAAUACUGCGUAGUUCCUCAUCAUUUAUUAAUAAUUACAAAAGAGUUUAGGCUACAGACAGAACCCCUUUAUCCAAAAGACUUGGCUGCUAUAUGGUAUUGUAUGUCCCACUUAAGUACCCCGUCGCUCGCCUUUUACAACUGUGGUGAAAUGUCUGGCGCCAGCCAGCUUCAUAAACACGUUCAAGUAAUACCUUUAGGGAUAAACUCGCCACCCAUUGAGACUUGUAUAGACGCGAUAAUAGAAAAACAUCCAGGCAGCAUUUUCGACUUGUCUCAAUGGCCGUUCGUUCACUGCGGGAUGUUUCUUGAUCAAGAAAAAAUGGUUCCGCCAUCCAAUCCGGACAGCAGUGAGCCUUGCUAUGAUCUGGUUGGCGAGUAUUUAGCUGAAGUAUUUCAUAGGCUUCUUGAUGAAACAAUUAGUCUACUGCGAGAGCUUGCCGACGGAUCGAUUUCAUUCAAGGGCCUCUCUUACAACUUCCUUAUGACGAAAAAAUGGGCGCUGAUGGUUCCAAGGCGUAAUGAGAACUAUCAUCACAUCUCUAUAAAUUCGUUAGGAUUUGCUGGAAUGAUUUUAGUAAAGAGGGAGGAAGACUUGGAGAUGGUUAGAAAUGUUGGGGUAUUAAACAUUUUGAAGGAAGUAGCAUAUCCCAAGACAUAA